GCAGUGUGCAAACUCUGAAUAUCUUAUUCUAUUCCUGAGAAAUCAGCACCCCUUUCUUAAUCUGUUGAAUCCCUAAGCUACUAUACGAUGUCGACCACCUUUACUAAAUGGACUGAUUCUCAAGGUGGCUACUCCGGCAAGGUCCGUGGAAAUUGGGAUGCUGUAGAGCAACAAGCUCUCGCAGGCGCCAAGCAGAAUGUUUUCAACGCACUGCUUGAAGAAUCUGAUGCCGCCGAAGUUCAUGUUGACACUCUCGGAAAGCAAUUCUUCAAAGAUCAUGGUUUUAAAUAUGAGUGGAACGGCCACCAAACCAAUUCGUUUACUGGGCAACAUGAGCAUGUUGACCGUGAUGCCUUUGGCAGGUUUAAGAACUGGCAGGGGAGCCGCAUUUAUAAGUUCGGAUUUGAGAUUGACAAAGUCCCGAUGGAUUGAAUAUAUAUAUAUGUAAUCUAGGAAAUUUGAGUGUUAU